GUGAGCAGCAAGCCACCCUGCAUUAUAAGAUCGGAUGUAAAGGAUUCGGACAAUUCUGCAUUAGAGGAGAAAAAAGAGGCACGCAAAAAAUAUCAAACAUGGUGGUGUCAAAAGACAUGCUUGCUAAUCUAGGAUCCAUAAUGGCCAGUUUGAUGUUUGUAUGGGCUAUUUUUCAGCAGUACGUUCCUUAUCAGCUUCGAAACAACAUCGAGAAAUACUCUCAAAGAGUGCUCAGGUUCGUUUACCCUUACAUCCAAAUUAGGUUCAACGAGCUCAGUGGGGAGCGUUUCUUCUCUCGGAGCGAAGCUUACAAAAGCAUCCAAACCUAUCUCAGCUCCAGCUCCUCUACGCAGGCAAAGAGGCUCAAGGCAGACAUAGCUAAAAACGGCCAGUCUCUUGCUCUUAGCAUGGACGACCAUGAAGAGGUGGCUGAUGAGUUUCAAGGAGUCAAACUCUGGUGGGCUUCUGGGAAAAACAUUUCCAAAUCACCAUCAUUUUGGAACCCGGAGGAGAAGAGGUACUACAGGCUCACUUUCCAUAAAAAACACAGGGAUCUCAUUCUCGGGUCAUACCUGGAUCAUAUUCUCAAAGAGGCUAAGGCCAUCGAGGUGAGAAACAGGCAAAGAAAGCUCUACACCAACAGCGCCUCGAAUUGGAGCCACGUGGUGUUGAAGCACCCGGCUUCGUUCCAGACACUCGCAAUGGAUCCUGAGAAGAAGAAAGAAAUUAUGGAGGAUCUCACCACAUUCAGCAAGGGGGAAGAAUUUUAUGAAAGAGUCGGGAGGGCUUGGAAGAGGGGUUAUCUCCUUUAUGGCCCUCCAGGAACAGGCAAGUCCAGUAUGAUUGCUGCCAUGGCCAAUUUUUUAGGCUACGACCUUUAUGAUCUUGAAUUGACUUCGGUGAAGAAUAACACUGAUCUGAGGAAGUUAUUGAUGGAAGUACCAAACAAGUCUAUUAUUGUGAUUGAGGACAUUGACUGUUCACUCGAUCUCACUGGUCAAAGGAAGAAGAAGAAGAAAAAGGAGAAAGACGAAGAAGAAGAAAAGAAAGAUCCGAAACAAAAACCGGAAAAAGAGGAGAAGGAUACGGAAUCAAGCCAGGUUACUCUUUCUGGGCUGCUGAAUUUUAUUGAUGGGCUUUGGUCAGCUAGUGGCGGGGAAAGACUCAUUGUCUUCACCACUAAUUAUGUGGAGAAACUCGAUCCAGCAUUGAUUCGAAGAGGGCGGAUGGAUAAGCACAUAGAAUUGUCGUACUGCAGGUUUGAAGCGUUCAAGGUGCUGGCUAAGAACUAUCUUCAAAUUGAAUCUCACUCUUUGUUUGGCAAAAUCAGUGAGUUGUUGGAAGAAACCGAUAUGUCUCCAGCUGAUGUUGCGGAGCAUUUGAUGCCCAAGUCAACUUCAGGGGAUCCAACCUUGUGCUUGGAGGGUCUGAUCCAAGCUCUUGAAAAGGCGAAAGAAGAAGCAAGGUUGAAAGCAGAGGAAGAAGCAAGGUUGAAAGCAGAGGAAGAAGCAAAAAAGUCAGAACAACCAGUCAAAGAAGAAGCAAAAGAGGACGAUAAUGUUGUUACCGCUGAAGAAUAAUAGGAAGCCGAACACUUCAAGACGCACGUGCGACAGAAAAAGCAGUCACUAGCUGAUAAAAAGAAAAGAGAAGAAAAAGACCAGAUGAUGGGGCCUAUUAAUUAGUGACAGAUUUCAGUAGACCACUUGUUCGACCACCGACAUCUUCUAAUAAAUAUAGGGAAGUGUUAGAAAAACAAUCAAAAUAUAUUCAUGGUCAAUUUAUUAGUAGUUUGACUUGUUUUUCAAUCUUCUAUAAUUAUUUUAGUACUGUUUUAGUUUAUUUUAAAUCUAUUAUUAAGAGUCCGCCCCUUUCUUGUUUACACGAUCA